AUGUCUGUUAUUCCUUCUCUAAAAAUUUUUGCUUGGAACGUUGGUGGUGCAGGUAGCAAGGCCUUUGCCCGAGCCUUGAAGCUCUCAAUUCGUCAACAUCGGCUGGAUUUUGUCAUCUUACUGGAGCCACAAAUUAGUGGAAAUUCGGCUGACUUGGUUUGUGAUAAACUGGGGUUUCCCAAUUCCAUCAGGGUGGAUGCCGAAGGCAGAAAAGGAGGGAUCUGGAUCUGCUGGGAUGGCGGGAAGUUCUCGACUGAGCUCCUCUCAGCAUGUAACCAGCACAUUUCCGUCCGAGUUCGGCAGGGAAGAGGCAGUUCGUGGGUGCUGACCGCAGUCUACGCCUCGCCCCAGCAACAUUUUCAAAGUUCUCUCUGGGACAGCAUUAUUGAACAAAGCAAAAUCUUUGAGGAGCCUUGGAUCCUCACAGGGGAUUUCAACGCCAUUCGUUCGCCUGCGGAGAAGAUUGGCUCCUCCUCUGCAGCUACCAUCAGACGGUGCCGGAAGUUUAAUGACAGGAUCAAUUCAGUCGAGUUGAUCGAUCUGGGGUUUUCGGGCUCAAGGUUCACGUGGACGAGGGGUAACUCAGUUCAGUCCCACAAAGCCAGUAGACUGGAUCGGAGUCUCUGUAAUUUGAAAUGGAAUGAGUGCUUUCCUGCCACUUCGGUGUUACAUCUCCCCAGGCUUCAGUCGGACCACAACCCCAUCCUGACCACUGUGGCCACCCAGGGGCCCCCUUUUUCCGACUCUCGUCCCUUUAAAUUUGAGGCGGCUUGGCUCACCCAUGAUAAUUUCCAGGACUUUGUUGCAGGUACCUGGGAGGAGGAUGCUCAACUUACUCAGGCGCUUUCCUCGUUGGCCGAGAACCUUAAAGAGUGGAAUAAAAAUAUUUUUGGGAAUGUUCAGCAGAAGAAGAGGAGAUUGUUGGCCAGAUUGCAGGGGGUUGAAACAAGACUCUCUCAUGCCUUUUCACCGGCGCUGGCGAAGCUUCAUGCCAAGCUAGAGGCUGAGCUUGACAAGGUGCUCGAGCAGGAAGAGCUCUUGUGGUUUCAUAGAUCUAGGGAGCCGUGGGUGAAGUUCGGAGAGAGGAACACGGCUUACUUCCAUCAUCAAGUCAAUGUUCGGAGAAGACGCAACAAGAUCCUAGCUCUUCGAGAUGUUAAUGGGGACUGGGUAGAGGAACCUCAUGCCCUUGCUGCGCUGGUCUUUGACUCUCUGGCUCGGCUGUAUUUGCAGGAUGAUUCUACUUAUGAAGACCGCCUGCCAAAGAAUGCUUUUCCCAGACUUGACCAGGGGGAAUUGAUGCUUCUUCUGCGCCCCUUCUCUGCCAUCGACAUUCACAAAGCCAUUUUCGAUAUGAAGCCCUACCAGGCCCCCGGGCCUGAUGGGUUCCAAGCGGUUUUCUAUCAGCAGAUGUGGAGGGUGGUGGGUAAGGCCUUAACGGAUUUAGCUAUCCAUUUCUUCUCUACAGGUUCUUUGCCAGACGCGGUUUCAGAGUCUACGGUGGUGUUAAUCCCGAAGGUGGACAGCCCGGAGUUUGUCUCGCAGUUGCGGCCCAUAUCCCUCAAUAACGUCAACUUGAAGGCUAUCACAAAGGCAAUGACCAGCAGAUUGAAACCGGUGAUGAGGAAGCUUGUCUCACCGAGGCAGAGUAGUUUCAUCCCAGGAAGACAAACGACGGACAACAUCAUAGUAGUGCAGGAAGCGCUUCAUACUCUCGAGAGGAAGAAGGGGAAGAAAGGAGGGCUCAUUCUGAAGAUUGACCUGGAGAAGGCGUACGAUAUGCUGAGAUGGGACUUUCUGCGUGAUACUCUCAAAGAAGUAGGGCUGCCCAGUACGUGGAUCAACUGUAUUAUGUUUUGCGUGGAGCAGAAUCGUAUGAGGAUCCUCUGGAAUGGGGAAUUGUCUCCAACUCUAACCCCGACUCGGGGAGUGCGCCAGGGAGACCCUCUUUCACCCUACCUUUUUGUUUUAUGUAUGGAACGCCUUUCUCACAUGAUUGAUGAGGCUGUGAAGAACAGGAGCUGGAAGCCGAUCCACCUGACCAAGGGAGGGCCGCCUCUUACUCACCUCUUUUUUGCAGAUGAUCUUCUUUUGUUUGCAGAAGCAGAGACGAGACAGGUAAAGGUUAUCCGGCAAUGUUUGGACGAUUUCUGCCUCAGCUCCGGUCAAAGAGUCAAUUACAGCAAGUCCCUGUUGUAUGUGUCGCCUAACGUGUGUCGUCAGAGGGCUGACCAUUUUAGCAGACGAGCUGGCAUUCCUCUUAAGAGGGAGCUUGGGAAGUACCUGGGGCUUCAGACUAUUCAUGGGAGGGUCACGCAAAGCCGCUAUCAGAAUUUCCUCCUUCGGAUCCAACAGAAGCUGGCUCCCUAG